CGGCCGGAUCCCGAGCAGGGGGUGGGAGAUUCGCCCUGAGGAUGAAGAUGAUGGCAGGCGGCUCGGUGCACCAGAACGGCAUCUUCUCGGCCUCCCACCAGCAGCCCCAGCAGCCGCCGCCCCCCCACAUGGAAUCGGACCCCCCCGACUCCAGAAAGAGGCCCCUGGAGACCCCCACCGCGGCCAUCAGCACCAAGCGCAGCAACACAGGAGAAGAGGGUGAAUAUUUCCUCAAGGUCCUGAUCCCCAGCUAUGCGGCCGGCUCCAUCAUCGGGAAAGGGGGACAGACCAUUGUCCAGCUGCAGAAAGAGACGGGUGCCACCAUCAAGCUCUCCAAGUCUAAGGACUUCUACCCAGGCACCACAGAGCGGGUGUGCCUCGUGCAGGGCACAGCCGAGGCCCUCAAUGCCGUCCACAACUUCAUCGCCGAGAAGGUGCGCGAGAUCCCCCAGUCCGUGGUGAAGCCCGAGUCCGUCAACAUCCUGCAGCCGCAGACCACCAUGAACCCAGACCGCGCCAAGCAGGCCAAGCUGAUCGUCCCCAACAGCACAGCUGGGUUGAUCAUCGGCAAAGGGGGCGCCACGGUGAAGGCCAUCAUGGAGCAGUCAGGGGCCUGGGUGCAGCUGAGCCAGAAGCCGGAGGGCAUCAACCUGCAGGAGCGGGUGGUGACGGUCAGCGGGGAGCCCGAGCAGAUCCGCAAGGCGGUGGACAUCAUAGUGCAGAAAAUCCAGGAGGACCCGCAGAGCAGCAGCUGCCUGAACAUCAGCUACGCCAACAUCACCGGCCCCGUGGCCAACUCCAACCCCACCGGCUCACCCUACGCCAACUCCACGGACGUGCUGCCGGCCGCUGCCGCUGCUGCCACCGCCUCGGGCCUGCUGGGACACACCAGCCUGGCCGGCGUCGGGGCCUUCCCGGCAGCCCUGCCGGGCUUCUCCGGCAGUGACCUCCUGGCCAUCAGCACGGCCCUCAACACCUUGGCCAGUUACGGAUACAACACCAACUCGCUGGGGCUGGGGCUCAAUUCUGCUGCCGCCUCUGGUGUGCUGGCCGCCGUGGCGGCUGGAGCCAAUCCUGCCGCGGCCGCUGCCGCCAACCUCCUGGCCUCCUACGCCAGCGAUGCCUCCGCCAGCACCAGCACGCCAGCCGGUGCUGUGGGGGCCUUCACCCUGGGCUCCCUGGCGGCCGCCACCGGGGCGGCCAAUGGCUACCUGGGCACAGCCUCGCCGCUGGUGGCCAGCUCCUUCCUGGCCACGGAGAAGUUAGUGGAGAGUGCCAAGGAUAUGGUGGAGAUCGCGGUGCCAGAGAAUCUGGUGGGGGCCAUCUUGGGCAAAGGGGGCAAGACGCUGGUGGAGUAUCAGGAGCUGACGGGCGCCCGGAUCCAGAUCUCCAAAAAGGGAGAGUUUAUCCCUGGCACCAGGAACCGUAAAGUCACCAUCACCGGCACGCCGGCAGCCACGCAGGCCGCCCAGUACCUCAUCAGCCAGCGAGUGACGUACGAGCAGGGGGUGCGAGCCACCAACCCGCAGAAAGUAGGGUAGGGCCGGAGGGAGUCACCAAAGGGAGAAAUCCAUUUUAAAAGUCAAACAAACAAAAAACCAGGCCCCCUCCCCCACCCUGCCCAUCCCCCGCACGCCCCCAGACAUGCAUCCCCUCCAAUAGGGAGGGGUUCCCCCCAAUCUAAUGACCAGCUCCGAUCCAGACGCGAUCUCCGGAUCGGCCCGCGGACCUUGCCGUGCGUUCUGUCUGAUAUGUAUAUA